AUGACCCACUUGAAGUUCGGCGAGGCCGUGAGGCAGCUCAAAUUCGAAAAUCUCGCCGCGAGCUUGGCGCCCCUCAACUUGGCCGAGUUGUCUGCUGAGCACUUGGACAACAUAGAUUCCCAGGUGGUCACGUACAAUCCACAGACGGAAAAAGUGCUUCGUGAUCUCGGCUCCUUCAAGAAGAACCAGAACCACGAGCUUUUUGCCAGGCCCGUGUCCAUGGUGUCGCAGAACACCUCCCGUAUCCACGCGGACUUCAUUGAGAAGUUGAGCGGCCCGUCGUCUCAAAACAGACUCUGUCUUUUGGGCGAGAAAGGCGUUGGAAAAUCGACCUUGAUCUCACAAACCCAGGCGCUCUUGCUCUCCAACAGCAAGCAGGACGUGGUGUUGUUGCACGUGGACUUUUCCGAGAGAAUGGUCGACGGGUCCAGUGACUACAUCUUCAAUCCUGUUUUGGGGAAGUUCCACCAGCCCAUGUUCACCAAGAGGUGGAUCAAGAAAGUCCGCGCUGCCAACGAGGCCGUUUUCAAGAAGAUGCCCUUGACCGAGGACGUGUCGUUCGUCACCAAAAAACAGCAGUACCUGUUGAAGAAGGGCGAACACACGCUCUACGACUACGUCGCGCUCAACAACGAGUUUGGCUUUUUCGGGCCCAGCAACGCGUUGCAGUUUUUCAUCAAGCAGUUGAAGGCUCACUCCAAGACCGUUCCUGUGGUGUUCUCGAUGGACAACUUCAACUCGUUGAUCGGCAAACCUCACACCGAGUAUUUCCACAAGGACAUGAAACCCAUCACGCUUGGGGAAUUCGAGUUUGGCGACUUCGUCACGCAGUUGGUCAGCGGCGGCUUCUCCUUCGACAAGGGCGGGCUUCUUCUUUCCGAAAGCAAGGACUCCGGAGAGUGCCGGACCUUGCGUGUCGGCUUGGGGUUGGAGAAGCCCAACCCUUACGACGAGCCGCUGCAGUGCUACUUGGAAUUUGCCGAGCAGAUGACGAAGAACGGCGGCGUCAAGCCCUUCUACGUGGAGAACAUGACCAAGCCGCAGGCCAGAGAAAUGUUGCUGUUUUUGGACAAGGCGGGCGUGCUCCAAAUCAGAGAAUAUCCUACCAAGGAGCUGUACAAGAGUCUUGAGGAAAGUGGGGCCAUUCCGGGCAAGACCAUCAACGUGGGCGAGUACGUGAGAUGCGAGGACCCGGAGACUCAGUUCGAGAGGAUCUUGCAGUCGUCGUUCUUCGCUUCCGCAGGCAACCCAGGUAGGUUUUUGAAGAUCAACAGCUUGCUAUUCUAA